UAUGCCCGAUGGCCAGUCCAGCUAUGGUCGUGCGUGCCAUCAGUUAACCCUUCGCGUGCCAACGGUGGCACGCGUGCCUAGGGUUGCCGACCCCUGGUCUAUAGGCAUCAAAUUCCAUUUGAGCAGUUGUUGCGGUGUUUGAUGCCAGAAACUGUGGAUAACUGCAGAGGUGCGUGAACUGCUAAAGACUGCUAAAAACUGCUAGAGAGUCCGCCUUCAGAGCAGGCGACAAGGCAGGCCCGGGAGCAGCAAAGGCCAAACUGUCUCGAGCCAUCAGAGAAGAAUCCACAGCCACUUCCAGGACAGUGGCGACACGCAUGUGGCAGGGCAUCCAAGCCAUCACCAACUACAGGAAGACAACACCUUCCUGUGAUGGUGAUGCCUCCGUACCAGAUGUGCUGAACCAGCGGUCCCCAACCCCAGGGCUAUGGACCAGUACCGGUCCGUGGCCCGUGAGUUGUUUGGUACUGGGCCGCGAGAAGCUGAAGCUCGGGUAUGAAAUUUAUGGUUUUCAGGGUUUUUAUCGUUAACUCUGUCUUUUCUCGUGUUGUUUCUUAUUUUGAAAGAAAUAUUUACACGUUAUCAUAGCGACUGGAGAGCAUUAAGGGUAACAGCAUCUCCAACACAACCACACUGAGGACCUGAGCCCCUAGGGCUGUGUGCUCAGCCCACUGCUGUUCACGAUUGUGCAGGAAUGCACAGUUCGAACUACAUCAUCAAGUUUGCUGAGGAAACGACUGUGGUGGGUCUCAUCAGGAAGAGGGAUGAGUCAGCAUAGAGAGAAGAGGCACAACAGCUGACGAACUGGUGUAGAGUCAACAACCUGUCUCACAACAAUUAAGAGGACCCGAGGGAAGCUCGGGAAGUUAUUUGGAGAGGAUAAUGGCUGCUGAAGAAAGAAUGCUGUUGGUUGAAAAGAGAGGUCAAAUGACUUCAGUGGUGUGGAAACAUUACGGGUUCGCGGAGUCAGAUGUGGAUCAAGUAGACAUAGUGUGUAAACUUUGCUACGGUGUCGUAGCUGCACCACAGAGCAACACUACAAAUUUAUUCAAUCAUUUGAAGACCGCUCACAAAGUGACAUACGAUCAAACAAUGAAGGAGCAUAGAGAAAAACUCUCAACAACACCUGCUUCAUCCUCACAGACCUCCAUUCACGCUACCCUGUACAACGCGACUAAAUAUCCCACCAGCUCCCAGAGACACAAGGAGAUAACAAACGCGCUAACAUUUUUCCUCGCCAAAGACCACUGCUCAAUUAACACAGUGAACAACCCCGGCUUUAAGAAACUAAUCAACACUUUGGACAAACGGUAUAACUUGCCAUCUCGUCACUAUUUUAGUCGAGUGGCGAUUCCCGCUUUAUAUGAUGAGUGUCAUGAUGGUGUCGCAAAGGAAGUGGCUAUAGCCCAAUAUUUUGCCACCACAACGGACUUGUGGUCAAGCCGCACAAUGGAGCCGUAUUUGAGCCUCACGGUACAUUUCAUUGACAUGGAUUUCAACAUGAAAACGAAAUGUCUCCAGACAUCAUUUUUCCCAGAAGACCACACAGGGCAGAACAUAGCUGCAGGUCUGAAACAAGCACUGGCUACGUGGGAUCUGGAGGAGAGUAAAUUCAUCUGUUUAGACAACGCUGCAAAUGUCAUGCUGGCUGCACAACUGAAUGGCUGGAUGAGGCUCCAGUGCUUUGGGCACAGAUUACAUUUGGCCAUAGAAAGAGCCAUGAAAGAUCACAGGAUUGAGCGUGCAGUGGGGGUCUGCAAAAAAGUGGUCAGCACCUUUUCAUUCAGUUGGAAAAAAAAGAAAGAGCUGAAAAAGGCACAGAUAGACCUCAAACUGCCAGACCACUCCUUAAAGACUGAAUGUCCAACCAGAUGGGGAUCUAGGCAGGCCGUGGUUUCCAGAGUCCUUGAGCAGCAGAAGGCCAUUGCCCAUGUCCUCUCCCAAGACAAAGGAACCAGGCACCUCAUCCCCUCAUGGCAGGACAUUGAUGUCCUUGAGGCCAUCAACAAGACCCUGGGACCUCUGGUUGAAUUCACUGAUGCACUUUCUGGAGAGAAAUAUGUGAGUGUGUCUUUUAUAAAACCAACACUCCACCUAUUUAACAACUCGAUCUUGGCUGAGCAAGGUGAUGACGCAGACCUCUCAAAAUGCAUCAAGAGGAGAAUACUGGAGUACCUAAAUGAAAAGUACGGUGACUCACCAACACAAGAGUUGCUUGACAUGGCCACUGUCCUGGACCCAAGGUUCAAACUGAGAUAUGUAAGCGAGGUCAGCCAAGAGACAAUAAAAGCCAGACUGACAAUGGAAAUGAAGUCCAUCAUGGAGGCUGCAGUGAUGGGGACACCCGUUGGUAACACGGAGGUUGCUGAUAACGGUGCAUCAAACCAAAAGAAGAGGAAAAAGGGCCUAAGCAGCUUCUUUAAGACCCCUCACAGCACAGCUCCAGGUGCAGAACAUGCUCUUCAACUGGACCAGGCCAUGUCACGAUCCUGGGUCUUAUGACCCAGUGUUUUGAGUUUAGUUUAUUUGGAUGUUUAUAUGAUUAAGCUCAUGAGUUUUUUUAGUUCUUUGUUAUUAGAUUCCCCUUGUGUCUUCCAACCCCUGUUAAGUCUCCCCUGCUCUUCAUGUGUUUCAUGUCUGUGUCUUACAUUGUCAAGUUCUGGUUGUCAUGUCUGCGUCUCAUUAUGUUUCCUAUUUUAUUUUGAAGAGAUCUUGUGUUUUUAUAUUAUGGUUUAUGUUUUGAGUCCUUUGUUGUACUGUUUCUUGUUUCCCUAGGUUUCAGUUAUGGUAAUCAUAGGUUUAGUUCUUUAGCUUUGUAAUAUGGCUUCCCUGUGUUCCAUGUUGUGUCUACAGUGACCUUUUUGUACCAUGUUUCAGGUUCCUAUGUUCUGUCUCCCCAGUUGCUGUUAAGUUUACAUGUCUAGAGUUCAGUCAGUGUGUUUCCUGUUUUACUUUGAAGGUCCGUGUCUCAUGUCAGUAUUUCUAGUUUUGCUUCCCUUGUCUCGUCCAACCUGAUUACUCCCAGCUGCUCUCCUUCUGUGUCUCAUUCCCUCGUUAUCCCUCUGUGUAUUUAAGCCCUGUGUUUCUCUUUGUCAGUGUCGUAGUCUCCCUCAUGGCUGUGUUUUCCUGUGUGUCAGUUUAUCCAUGUCCCAGUUUAGUUUUGUUAUGAUUUUCAUGUCAUUCUGCAAUAAAGCAGCUUUUUGAGUUUAAUUCCUGUGUGGUGAGUUUUGCGUUUGGGUCCUUUUCCUGCCUGCACACAGCUGAAACAUGACAAGCCAUAGCUUUUGAGCUUCAGGCCUACCUCCAGGCAGGGACCCUGGACACAGAGGAAGACCCACUGGGGUGGUGGAAGCUAUCACAGAACCUCUUCCCACGACUCUCCAUCCUGGCAAAGAAAUAUCUUUGCAUCCCAGCCACAAGUGCCUCAUCAGAAAGGGUCUUCAGCACUGGUCGAAAUGUUGUCAACUGCCUGCGUGCAUCCCUGAAGCCUGAUCAUGUCAAUAGGCUGGUGUUUUUGGCUAAAAACCUUUGAAAGGUUGCAGGAACCAUGUUUUGUUGAGCCAUUUUGAGAUUGUAUGGGACUUGGGCCUACUAGUUUUUAUUUUAUUUUUUUAAAAGGUACUACUUUCAGUGUUUAAUUUUAU